CAAAAUCCAAAUCAUAAUUUUGGGUUGUGUGUCUUUUGGUGGAGGAAUGCUUGUCACCUACUCCUUUUAAGUUCCCCCGAUCCUCUAUUCUUCUCUUAGUGCCUUCUUCUCUGCAAAGCAAGCUUUAUAGAAAGAGGCUAGAGAGAGAAAGACAGCUAAAAAAAGAAAGCUUUGAUCUUUGCUUGCUAACUGCUUCAAUGGAGAGGCAUAAAUGCAGGCUCUGCGUUAGAACUUUUCCGAAUGGCAGAGCUUUAGGUGGUCACAUGAAGGCCCACUUGGCAGCAACUCGGCCGCAACUCGGCCUUGAUCGUAAUGAGUCGUCCUCUUCCUCGUAUUCUUCUUCUGCUGGUGAAGAAGAAGUGCAAGAAGAGCAAGAAAUCAUCAAGAUCAAAGAAGCAGUUGAAGAGAAGUCUCUGGCUUAUGGAUUGAGAGAGAAUCCCAAGAAAAGUUGCAGGCUUGCAGAUCCUGAGUUCUCUUUUGCUGUUGAUACUGGGUCUGUUGUUGUGCAAGAUAGGGAGAGUGAGACCGAGUCAAGAAACCCAACUCGAAGACGAUCCAAGAGGAUCCGUAAAUCAUGUGGUUUUGGAGAGAGUCAGAAGCAGGAUUUUGAUGUCAAGAAAGUAGUAGACUUCAAGAAUCCGAGUUGGGGCGAGUCAUCAUCACCAGCUGAGCCGGAACCGGUGAGUUCUGUUUCUGAUACCUCUCCUGAAGAAGAUGUUGCUAGGUGCCUUAUGAUGUUGUCAAGAGACGUUUGGAUGAGAAAUGAUGAAGAAGAAGUUCAAGAACAAGGCGGGAAAGAUGGAGAAAAGUCGGUCGAUAUGUUGGAAGAAGCAGAGGAGAUCAAAGUCAACAAGAUUCGCGGGAAGUUUAGAUGUGAGAAAUGCAUGAAACUGUUUCGAUCUUCAAGAGCAUUGAGCGGUCAUAAGAGGAUUUGCUCGUUAAAUGCAACUGAAGCAAGAAAUAUUGCCGCUGCAGGUGAUGCUAAUGACAGAAUUUUUGAGUGCCCCUAUUGUCUCAGAGUGUUUGGGUCUGGGCAAGCACUUGGUGGACACAAAAGAUCGCAUCUUAUAGGUUCUUCAACUAGUACUAAUGCUGUUGCUGAAGUAUCAACUAAACUCGAGAACAAUAUGAUAGAUCUUAACUUGCCUGCUCCAGUGGAAGAUGAUGAAUUCAGUGUGGUGUCUGAUGCAUAAUCCAUUAAUAGUACUCAAGCACACCUCUGAAGUUCAUUGUGGGAUCCGAGGUUAAGAUGCCCUGUCUUGUGCAAUUCAAUCAAGUGGGUGACACAUUACCUUUACCUUUCAUCCACAGAUCAAUGCUUCUUAGAUUUUUUUUUUUUUUUUUUUGGGAUUUUUGAUUCACUGGCCGUCUGCAGUUCAUUUCUUUGAAUUCUCCGCAAGUGCCUUGUCAUAGAUUAGAUAGUUUAAUUAGGUAAAUAGGGAUUAAAGUAAUGUAGUGGACUGGAAGCAUCCUUCCUUCUUGUUACAGUAAUUGUGCUGAAAAUUCAUUUCUGUUUGAAUUUAAAGUCAAUCAAUGCUAAAAUUCAUUGCUUGAACUUUCCACUA